AUGGUAAGGGCUACGAAUUCACCUUUCACUGCCGCGGUACUCGGAUGCCCUGUACCGUUAAAGUUUCGCUUACCUCAACUUGAGCCAUUCGAAGGACUAAAAGACCCCCAGUAUCAUGUUAAUACCUUUAAGACGACUCUAGGCCUUCAACAACCACUUGGCGAGAUACUGUGUCGUUCCUUCCCGACGACUCUCAAAGGAGCCCCAAGAGAAUGGAGGCAACGUCCAAAGAGGCCGGUAGACUACUUACUCACCAUAAGACAGGGAGAGAAGGAAACUCUGAGGUCGUACGUCAAACAGUUCACAAGGGAGACUCUGGAGGUGGACGAAGUUGAUGACAAGGUGCAACUGACAACCUUCAAGGCAGGGUUGAGGUCCAGAGACCUUGUGACCUCCCUCGCAAAGAACCCCCCAAAGAUGAUGGCGGAAAUUCUCCUGAAGGCACAAAAGUACAUGAAUGCUGAAGAUGCUUUAGCUGCCAUAAAGGAUGCCGAGAAGCCAGGAGACAAGGCCAAAAGGGAAGAUGACCGUAGGGGGCAGAAAAGAGAUCGACCAGACCGUUGA